AUGCCGAAGGUACCUAGUGCUUCGAGUAUCAAGUCUGCGAGGAAGGCACCGGUGCCUUCUCGCCAGGAGCAGGAGCAUUCGAAAGAGUCGGGCGGGACCUCGACGCAGGAGGCUAGCGGUAGCAACAGCAAUGCUUCCACUGCGAAAGCCAAGGGGAAAGCGACUAAGGAGUCGACUUUGAUUAGGCAGUUGCAUCGAGAGUGGUGCAAGCAGUGCAAGGAGAAUCCGUGGGUGCCUCCAGCUCAUCCAGGAAACUUUCAGCAUAGCAGGGACGUCGUCACCAUAACUUCUGGGCAAGCAACAGUCCUGGAUGGAAUAAACCCCCCCCUCAAGAAGGAAGAACUCGACACACUGCCGCACCAGUGGAUUUACGCCGCGAACGGGCAACGAGCGAAGCUCUUUGUAGAGAAAGACGUGCGCGAACUAAUUGUUCAACGGCGCACCUUUGUGGGCGUCCCUGCUCCUCCGAAGACGUUGCGUUCUCUGGACACCUAUGGCCAAACUGGACCUUCUGUGUUCAUCGGGAGACUGUCUCCAGAUCCGGCGCCCGACAAACCAGCCACUCUCACCGAGCUGCGCGCGAACCCUGAGUCAGUUCAGUUCAGAGGGAAGGGUGCUAUCAUCCGGUGCGACUACACCCCAGUCGAAGGCGAUCCCCCGCUGGAUGAGAUCGUCUGGGUGGGACCCAUCAUUACAAGGGAGGAGACUGGGGUUACAGAAGCGGAUGCCUGUGUGCUUUACUGUCUGGAGAAAGCUGAUCUCGACCCGCUCAGAAGGCCAAAGUGCCAUCUGUUCAAUAUUCGGUCGCUCGCUGUACGUGCCCUCGAGGUCCAUGGAGGGUUGAGCGCCCACAACGAAAUCAUCUACAACAAACGAAAGGAAGACAAGGACAUCCUAGACAAACGUUAUGAAGAGAUGGGUUGGUGUGACGGAGAACCCGUCAGGCGCUUCUCUACCUACUUGGAGCAAUACCUGAAGGACUGGCCAGUCCACGAGAUGGGGUCGACGGACACAGAACCACCGUCGGAAGGUACUGAGAAGAGGGUUCUGCAGUACGCCCCGAUUCGCAAAGUCCAUGACGGUGAAAUGUGGAGUGCAGAGAUUCACUGGACCACCCAAAUUCGCGGCGAAACGCCCGAUGAUUGA